UUCUGCCUCUCGACCUGCUGGCCAGAGUCCUGCCACGCCCAGGACGAACCCCACCUGCACAGUUACAGAUGGUUCAGUCCCGAGGUUCCAGAGGACUCCGAUUGGACAGCGUCUCAUCAACAGCGCUGAGUUUCCCCGCCUCCCAGAUCUUCACCAACUGUGACUACUUCCCCUCAGAGUUCUCGCUGGUCGCCACCAUCAAGACCCCCAGACUGAGACAGGAGAGGAAUGAGUACAUCUUCUCGAUGGUGGGGGAGGAGUCAGAUUCACUGUUGCUAGGGUUACGAGUCUCAGCCAACAGCCUCCACCUCCUGGUCACACACCCUAGCGUUGGUGGGCGGAGCCGGCUGAGCUUUAAGGAUGUGGCAUUGGACGAUAACAGAUGGCACACCUUUGUGCUGGCCGUCACUGGACCGUACGCCGCGCUGACCGUCGACUGUGGGCUGUCCCUGGAGCUUAAGCAGACUCACUCAUUUCCCAGUGCUCUGAGCACCAGAGGGUCCAGGUUCUUCAUCGGCAGCAGGAGGAGGAUGAGGGGGCGAUUCUCAGGUUUACUCCGUCAGCUGGUUCUACUUCCUGGUUCUGAUGCCUCGCCCAGAUUAUGUCCAUCAGCUGACCCCAGCCUCAACGAACUGUCUGUCCCCCAGAUCCUGAAGACCACCCCACUUCAGCCAGACCACCACGGACCAGUUUACCCCUACGAGGCUGAGGCCAGGGUGACCCGGGGAAACCGUCCUCGGUGUUCAGGACCAGAACAGGGUCAGCUGUGGUUCAACACAGAGAAACGAGAACUGUUGAUCUGUGACGGGCUCAGCUGGAGGACUCUGCUGCAGCAUAAGGAGCGUCUGGACUACGUGGAGGACUACCAGGAUCUCUACACCAGCUCAGAGACCUUCGAUGUCGAGAUCUUCCACAUCCCCUCUGAAGGACUGUUCAUGGCUGCAGCUAACAGGGACUCUCGGCCCGGGUCGGGGAUCUACAAAUGGAGAGACGGGUCGUUCCAGAUCUACCAGAACAUCAGCACACAAGAGGCCCGAGCCUGGAAACACUUCAGCAUCGACGACAAGAUUUUCCUGGUGGUGGCAAACUCAAAGGAGGUGGAGCCUGAGCUGUCAGUCAUCUACCGGUGGCACCCGCGACGGCGGCGUUUCCUCCGUCAUCAGACACUGGAGACUCAUGCCGCUCUGGACUGGGAGGCCUUCCAGAUCCACAACAGCAGCUUCCUGGUGGUGGCCAAUCACAGACGAGCCCGAGACUCCAACCACAACAUCCACAGUGUGAUCUACAGGUGGAACCCAAACGCAAAGCUGUUCGAGGUGAACCAGACUCUGUCCACGUCUGGAGCGUAUGACUGGGAGUUCUUCUCCGUUGGACCGUACCACUUCCUGGUAGUCGCUAACACCUUCGAUGGUCAGACGACCACCAUCAGCUCCACCGUCUACGUCUGGCUGAACGGCUGCUUCCAGAUCUUCCAGAGCAUCCCGACCAUCGGAGCCACGGACUGGGAGACGUUUCAGAUCGACGGCAGGUUUUUUUUGGCCGUGGCGAACAGUCAGAGGAUCUCAGAGCGCGGCCCGAGUCUCUACAGCAUCAACUCGACCGUGUACGAGCUCAACACGCUCACACAGACCUUCAUCCGCUUCCAGGACAUCCUCACUCACAGCGCCGUGGACUGGGAGUUCUUCACCAUUGCAGACGAGAAGUUUCUGGUCGUAGCCAACAGUCAUGACGGAAACUCGUACUCUCUGAACAGCGUCAUCUACAGGUGGCAGGGAUACGAGGGCUUCGUAGCGGUCCACAGUCUGCCCACGUUCGGCUGCAGAGACUGGGAACACUUCAGGACAGAGGAAGGCUCCUUCCUGGUCUACUCCAGCGCCACCUCCAGGCUCAGCAAAGUGUUCAGACUCAGGACAUACUGAAGGACAACAGCAUCGGAGGGUUGGACUGCUUAGACUCCUGGAGUGGCCUCCUUCAGGAUCAGAACCGUCCCGACCGUUGGAGUUUAACCUUCUGUAGGAGCUCUGAGAGGUCUUCAGGCUGCUGAACCGUCAGGCCAACAUCUACACCAAAGUAAAGAGGCUUUCAUUGAAGACUCCGCUCAGACGUGUUAAACAUCCUGGAGCUGAGGAAGUGGAGGCCUGCAGAGAUGCUGUCAGAGCGACACUCACUCCUCUGGAGAGUCCAUGAAUGCGUGAAGCACUUUUCUCAAACAUGUUUAAACCAGCGGUUCUUAACGCAGCUGUCCUCAGGCUCCUCCUCCUCCACAGUCAGAAUUACAACCCCAAACUUAAGAGGAUGUUCAACCACUCAAGUUUAAAGGAAAUGUUAAAGUUUGGACCUUAAAUAGAAAACAGAGGCUAAACAAACGUUAAAAAAUCUGAUCAGUACAGAAGCCCUGAAGGACACACAUCUAUGCGUUUUAUUUUACAUUUGGGUUGUUUUCACAGAAACAGAGAUAAAAAAAAAAAGUCAAAACUUCAAGGCAACAACCUAAAUGUAGCUGUUACCAUGGCAACACAGAGUUAAAUAACAGAUUUGGAUGCAUGGCCACAUCGGCCCUCUGUAGACCGUCCAUUACCCACUUGCAGGUCCUGACCCAGCUGUUGAGAACCUCUGAUUUAAACACAGUUUAGAGUGGUGUUAAGCUCGCCUCGGGAGGACAGCACCCUCUAGUGGGCAAAAGGAAACACUUUUUACUGGGAGGAAAGGACUUCAUAUUAAAACUGCCAGAACGACUAAAAUAUCUGAAUGUUUGGGUUUAUCUGAAGGUAAA